AUGAGGGCUGGUUCUCUCCAGGUCCUGUUUGUGCUGGGGGUCCUGUGCCUGCUGACCCUGGCUGGAGGGCAACCCAAAGCACCUCUGAAGUGUUCAACAGAGUGCCGGGGUUUUACAUCCGGGCUAGCAGCGAAGCGGAUAAGGAGCUACCGCAGGACCGAACCCCACUGCACCAAACAAGCCGUCAUAUUCAUCACCCUGAAGUCCAUGGAGAUCUGUGCAGAUCCAGAGGCAGAGUGGGUGAAGAAGAUCAUUGAGAAACUGGACCAGAAGACGGCUGCAGCCUCCUCACGUCCGCAUGAUGUGGCCUCCGCAGCGGUGCCGGGAGAGCCCGCUGCUUUUCAGAAACAGGUUGGUCUGGCCGUGGCCUCCAGCCAGCCCACCCCAUACCCUGCGGCCCUUGUGCACAGCUCCGACAGCCCCGCAGGAUCCACAGAAGCACCUGCAGGACAUACUGCAAACGCUGCCGCUGGUGUUCGAGGCAGGACUUCUCCCAGCUCAGACUCAGACCCCGCCGCCACCACCGAAGGAUCAGACCAUCCUGUACUUUCUACAAAUGAAUCCCUGGACCCUACAAGUGCAAGAACCAACACACCAGACACUGCUUCUAGGAGUUUUAGUCCAGAUCUCCCCUCCGUCCUGGAGACCACCGCAGUCCCAGCCACACCAAUUCCACCAGAGACUGCUCCAGUUUCUGCUCUAACCUCCACAACUGCCGCAGACAAAGGUCCUUCUGCCCAUACCAACAAGGUUGCCAAUUCCUCUGCAGACGCUUGUAGUACUAGAACAUCUGGUUAUUCAUCACCUACAGGAAAGCCAGAGCCUUCAGAGACCUUCGUUUUCACUAGCCAAGCAUUCUCCGGCCAAGCCAGAGUGCAGGUGACCACAGAAAGACCAAAUGAUCGGCCUCUUCCCAGCUUCUUGUCAACGCCUCCCAUGCACUUUGUCAUCCCAGUUUCUGUGGUAGGCGGUCUGGUGGCUUGCAGCGUUGCUGCUGUAUGGCUGUAUCUAAAAUUUGGACUCAAAACAGAAAAAAUGUCAAGAGAAAUGGUACAGGGCUUGCUCUACCAGAAGCAGGGACACCACACUGAUGUCUGUCCAAUGGAAGUAAUCUGA